UGGCGCAUGCGUAAACGUAGACGAAUAGUAAAGUGCGAGACUGCGCCGCAAACGGACGUGGAAACGCUUUGAUUUAAAUCCAAUCCAAUCCAAUAGCGCGCCAUCACUCUAUUGGUCGUCGGCAUGCAUAAUCGAGCACGGAUUAGCGUUGGACAAGCAUUGCUGCUUAUCAUACUCCUCAAUGGACGCAUCUCUUUCGCUUGGAAGCCCAUUGCCUCCAGUGGCAGCCCGAUUACAACGUACAGCCUCAAGCAAUCGCAUCCGGGAGAGGCCAGCAGCAGCCACGAGCUGGCCACCAGCUACUCCCAGUUUGGAGCUGAUAAGGACGAAAAUGAUUUAGUGAGUCUGCCUCACGCCGCUGCUGUGACUGCAUCUGAAGCUGGCGUUGGCGUUGGCGUGCUUACUCAUCCUAUAACGCUAAGCGAUGAUCAGGAGAACCAUUACGAGUCGUACAUUCUGAAAGACGAUGUGAUCAAGGAGUCGACGCUCAGUUUUCCGCGCUCUCCCCUCUACGCUGCUGCUGCUGCUGCCGAUCAGUGCAGUGUUAAGAAAUUUGCAUUCAAUCAAGACGGCGUCGUCGAGUACAACAACGAGUUGCCCGAACUGGAACAGUUUACGCUUUGCUUCUGGAUGCGAUUCACAAAUCAUAGCGGCGAUCACGUUAUGUUUACUUAUGAAGCUGGAAAGGAACAGCGUGAGAUACAAAUCUGGGUCGCGAAUGCGCAAAAUUCCAGUUUCCUAUCGAUGGCUAUAAAAGGUCAGCAAAUGUACAGAUUAAACUACCCGCUGAAAAUGCGGCAAUGGCAUCACAUGUGCAGCUCGUGGAAUGGAAAGACCGGCGAGUGGCAAGUCUGGCUUAAGGCAGAACGUAUUGGGCGUGGCUUCCACAAUUCAUUAGUGGGCCAUAAAAUACCGGCUAAAGGAAAAUUGCGAUCAGGUGGAAGCUCAAUUACCGGCGAAGUAAGCCACGGCCUCCACUUCGAGGUGACCCUCGUGCAAAUCUAUCGCGUGGCUUUGAGUGCGGGAAAGGCACAUCGAGAUCACAAGCACCACCACGUUCAUCACUUCGACCAUGAGGGUCAGGAGGUGUCUAGCACAGCGCGUGCUCCGCCAAUGAUUAAUCGACCUCAGCCCAUGCACAUGCUGCUCGCCAGCGGGCAGAUUCCGACAAGAGUGCGCAUCAAUCUGGCCAACUCAGCGUCACCAUCUCCAAUGCCAGCUGGCGGUCAGCCGCAACAGUCGCCACCAUCGGCUAUCACAGUGAAUACCAAUUUCGUGAAUGGUCAAAUAAAUGCUGGCUCUCGAUUGGUGGCUCAGCAGCUGCUAAAUCUAUCGCCCAUUACUCAGAAUCGCCCUGUCGGAGUCGCAGUCGGAGUAUCGACGCCAGCUUACGAUGCUGGGCGUUUCCAAAUGCUGAGUAACUCAGCGAAUGUUCAGUUCAUCGAUGAGACAGAGACACACAUACAAUUCAAGCGCAAUUCUAACACUGAUCCCAAGGCGGCAACAGCUGUACAACAGCAACAACAAAAUGCGGGAAGCAUUGGUAAAAAGUUGCAAAAACGGGGAAUAGUUCUCCUUGAUGACGGCUCAUUAGUGGACGACGGACUUGAUGCUGGCGAUGAUAGCGAAAUUUACAAUAAGUACAGUGGUCUAGCCGACUUUGGAGGGCAGCAAUUCAAACAGGAUCUGUCGCUGCGAAUGACCCUUGAGGAGGAGAUCAGUUCGCAUGACCGAGAACCAGCCGAGGAGGAAGUCAAAGCAGUUAUGGCCAUAUGCAGCAACUGCGACCCAGAACCCUUCAAGGGAGCUAUUGUAUUCGCAUGGAAGGAUGUGAUCGAGCAAAUGAACAACUCUUUGAAGGGCCUCAGUGUAGGCUCCUGUGGAAACUUUUAACUGCAAAUGCUCGAACAUCUGCACAGCUACAACACACGCCUACUAAUGUACAUAUAAAUGUAUGUGAUGUAUGUAAUUAUACAUUCGUAUACAUGCUUCUUUU